UUUAAAAAAGCGUUCACAACGCUGCAUAUUUUACACGAAACGGACGCUGAUAAUUUUGUUCCUGUUAUUCAAUCAUCAUGUCUCAAUUUGUCAGCGAAAGGUUACAAACUAAACAGCUUUGCAAUUCAAAUGUUGAUCAAGUAAUUUCAGAAAUCCGAACAGUUGUAUUGUUUCCUGAGGAGGGAACCUAUACGGUUCUCAAUGAGAGAAUGACAAAACGGUUUAUGAGGUACAACAUAGGAGAUGUUAUUUCCCUCACCCAAGAUAAUAGGACAUUUGCAACAAAAAUCAUUUUCAGAGGGUCAGAAAAAGAGUGCAAUAAAAAAUGCAUAGAUUUGGAAAAUGAUUUGAGAAAGAAAGGAGCAGAAUCAAGCUACCAUGGUUCUGAAGAUGAUUCAGACGACGAAUCUAUUGUAAACGAACCUCCAACAAAAGUAUCUAGGCUAACUGAAGAAAUAAAUAAAGAGAAGUUACGGCUUAAACAGACAUUGCCAGGGGCAAAUGUGAGUGCGCUAAUUAAUCAAAGGGAUCCGUUUCAAGAAACCACUGAUAGAAGACAUCAACCUAUAUACACAUCAACGCCACCUGCCUCAGAAAAAAGGUCAUCACGACCAAAAAUUGAAGAGAAACAAGAUACUGAUCUCUUAAAAUUAAUAUUGGAGGAAUGUAGGAAAACAAAUGUAUUGCUACAAGAGCUUGUCAAUAAGGGUGAUAAUUCGACAGUGGGGCAGGUUUCAAAUGACCCAGCAGAUAAAUUGAACCGUGGUGACUAUGUACUUGAUGAUGGCACAAAUCUGCUGGAUGUUCCUCGAAAAGAUGUGGUGCAUGUGUCGAGCAUCAGUAAAUCAGAUGGGACAGGAUAAGAAAAAGAAAAAAACUCAACAUUCCAACGAAUGAUUUUUUUCCUUUCUUUGUAUAUAAUAUAUUCAUAAAAAAUAUAGUUGUUGAAUCUCA